UUCAGUACCCAGCCCAUACAAAUCGAAGAUAUAAAAUGGGCUGAAUUGGAGCAUUGAAAUCAUAACACACUUUGCCACCUUUUGGAGCAUUUCAGUCCCAAAGAAAAACAAGCCUAAAUCAAUCAAUAUGUUCAAAUACACCGUCGUCAUCUUCGCUGUGAUUGCCUGUGCUGUAGCCAAGCCUGCUCCAGGACUUCUUGCUUCACCAUUUGCAUACUCUGCUCCAUUGGUUGCUGCUGCUCCAGGAGUUGUCACUGCCACUAGUAGCCAAGUGAUCGCAAGGAACUACAAUGGAAUCGCCACCGCUCCAGUUUAUGCUGCCGCUCCAGUUGCCAAAUUCGUUGCUGCUCCCGUUGCUGCUCCAUUAGCUGCUGCUCCAUUGGCAGCCAAGUAUGUAGCCUCACCUUUCGCUAGUCCAUUGGCUUACUCAGCUCCAUUGGCUGCUGCUCCCUUCGGAUAUGCUUCUGCAUACGGAUACGCGUCUCCUUUCAGUUACGCUUCAGCUCCUUUGAUCCUGUAAGGAUGUUAAUGAUGUGAUGAUAACGGAAAUAAAUGAAUAAUAUUUGAUACGAACAAAAAUA